CAUGCAAAAAGACAAAACACCCCUUCAUGCUAUAUGCUAUAUUUACCGGUUUGGAUCCUGGAAGCCCUCUUUUGUUUACUGGACUGGUUCUCUGCCUCAAGGACCCACACCUACAGACCUCUGAGCCUGCUUUUACGCUGGGAAAGCCAAAACCAAAGCCUAUCUGCAGCUUCAAACUUUGAUAGAUGGUGGUGAUGCCCAUCUCCACUCCCGGUUUCUCAAGGAUUUCAAGCUAUGGAGCAACCAGCUAUGGCAGAAUCCAGGCCUUCUGCACAAUGACAAUGAACUCCAACUCUCCGCAGAUUCAAAGGAAAGAAGAAGUCCAAGUGCAACACCUGAAAACAGCAAUUCCACAGUUAGAAACAGCCGGUGCAACGAAUCUCCAUUUCAACCGGCUGCAGCCUUUGGAUCAACAGUUGGUUCAGGAGGAGAGAAUUGAGUUUGGACAAUUUACAGCACGCGAGGCCCUUCUGGAUGAAGAAUACUGGACAGCAGCAUGGCUGCGAGCAGAGAGUCACUGGGAAGAUCAACCAAAUCAACGAUAUAAGGAUAACUACAAAAGGAAAUUCACAGAGCAGGAAUUCAAUGCUUUGAAAAGGCGGUGCAGAAAGCAAGAUAAGCAUAAAUGCACCUGUAUUGUUGUGGUCAAGAAGGAAGACAGGAGUGUGAAACGUACUGUACUGAAGAGUGUAGUGGGGACCCUUGAUUUGAGCAUCCGCUACUUGUUGCCUAGAGAAACCUUUCCUGGGGAAAGGGUGAAAGCCCCCCUCUUUUGCAGCAUUGACAGGACAAGCCAAGGCAGAUAUGGUUACAUUGCAAACCUGUGUGUUGCCAAAACUGCCCGUCGCCAGGGUAUUGCAACCAACAUGUUGUAUUUUGCUGUAAAAUUAGCUAAAUCAAAUGGUGCAGAACAGGUAUUUGUGCAUGUACAUAAAAAGAACAUACCUGCAUUGGGACUUUACAAAAAGAUGGGCUUUCAGGUCGUUGAAAUGGCAACCUCCCAAUUGUCAAAAGAGCAAACUUACUUGCUUUGCUUAGGAUUGUAAACGUAUAUGGUUUAACUUUAUUGAUUACAUGGAAAGAAAUCUGUCAUGCUCAGAGACCAUAACAGCUCAGUAGCUCACCCCAGAACAGGGCAUGAUGAAGACAAAAGAUUAUCUCUAAAUUUUGUGAAAGCAUACCAGAAAUUCUUGCACUCCAAAGUAACUAUCAAGGAAGGCAGAAACUGAAUGAACAAGGGACAGCUUCCAGAAAAAAAAGAAAAAGGAAGAAAAGGUUAAUACAUAUUAGCGUUUUGGCAGGUCCAACUGAUGUGAUCCACAAAUAAAAAUUCCAACCAAUACCUGCAGGUAAUUUAUGCAUAACAAGGGAAUUGACCUCAGGUGCAAUUUUGUUUUUCUUCUCUAGAAAUAAAAAAUAAAAACAUAUCAACCCUUAUUCCUGCUAGAU